AUGGCUGAAGCAAGAUCAAGUUUCAGUGGUUCAUCAUCAGCUGAACAUCUUGCCGGUGUUGCAAAUGAAGAAGCUGACGAUGUGGAACUUCAUCAACGGCUAGAAAAAAUUGAACGUGAAAUAAUCGAUUUAACAUUUGAAAAUAAUAUUUUCGAACUAAACUUGGAACGAAAAAAGUCUGAACCAAUCACAGUACCAGCUACAACAACAGCUGCAGUUAGUUCUUCUCAAGCAACAACACCAACAGGUUCAUCUCAAGAUUUAACAGCAGCUGGUGGUACAAGUCGAAGUGAUCGUUUUGCACGUAAACGAUCAAAAUCACGAAGUACACAAGGUGACUUUCGUAUACAAUUAACACUUGAACAAAAACUUGAUAUUAUUACAACGGAAUAUGAACAGAUGCGAAAUGAAAAAAAUCGUCGUGAAGCAGCAAGUGAAAAAAAAAUCGAUCAACUUGAGUCUGAUGCUGAAUGGAUUGAUAUUGAAAUAAAAGAUUUCGAAUCAGCUAUAGUUGAAUUUCUUAAAACAAAAGAAUCUUCAAUUGAUAAACGUACACAUAAAAUAAUUGGUGAAAAAAUUGAUCGUUAUUUUAAUGAACGUAUUAAAGCACGUGAAUCAUUAAUAAAUAAAUUACGUGAUCGUUCAUCAGGUUUAAAAAGACAAAUUGUACGUUUAGAAACACAAUUAAGACAAAAAGAAGAAAUGGGUGAAACGUUACAUGAAGUCGAUUUUAAUCAAUUGAAAAUUGAAAAUAAACAAUAUUUAGAUAAAAUUGAUGAAAAAAAUGUUGAACUUAUUUUACUUAAACGACAAGUUGGUAAAGCAACACAAUCACUUAAUCGUUAUAAAGAUGAUUUAAAUAAACAAAUUAAAGAUUUAAUUGAUAUUGAACAACGUAUUGGUAAACAAAGUAGUUUAUAUACACGUGCUGAACAAGAAAUGAUUGAUGCCACAUAUGAACAAUCACGUGCUGCAAAAGUACAUCAUCAUCUUGCUGAACAGACAGAAGAUUAUCAAGUACCAGAAGUAUUAGAUUAUGUGAAAAAGAAAGCUUUACUUUAUAAUCUUGAACGUGAUUGUGAAGUUUGGGCAAGAAAAGUUGAAAUUGCUUCAAAUAAUUUAAAUUUUAUUGGCAUUCAUUGGAGUGUGACUUAUUUAAUUGAGUAG